UUCAAGUGUGCCAUGGUGGGGUGAAUUCCGAGGCGCGGUGGGGGUAACGAAGGCGCGACGAGUUCGCAGCACGGCAGGUUCAGUUUCCGUGCGACUGUCGAGGGCGCGUCAGUAGCGUCGGUGGACGGCGCGAAUAGUUUUCCGCUGGUUUCAGUUUCGCGCCAAGCUGCCUCGGCUUCGAAUUGCGCGCGACGCACGGCCAAAUGAAACUCAGCCGAUUUUUUUGCCUGCCCGUCCGGAGUGUCGAGAGUUGCGCGAAGUGAGAAACAAAAAGGAUAGAGAGAGGAAGAGAGUGGGAGAGAGAGAGAGAGAGAGAAAAGGAAAAACCAUCCGGCGGUGCCAUCUCCGUCGACGGGGGGAGGGGACAAGGAGGAGAGUCCCGAUUUAAAUCUCUGACCGCAGUAAGCCAUUAAUACCGUCAGGUGCACACACGAUCCACCCACACAUAACCGUACUUACACUUUUGACACACACACACACACAUACACACAGACACACGCGCGCAUCAUCUAUCGCCCCGUGAACGAGAAUGGAGUUUUACCACCGUGCAGUUGAGCGAUGAUCGCACGCGAGUCUGUCGCGAGGAGCAGCGCGUCGUCGUUCUCGCCAGGUGCGUCAUCGUCCUCGUCAUCGGGCAGUGUCGUCGUGACGUAGAGUCUCGAGCGGCUGGUACCGACGAGAGUACCCCGUCGGUGGACCACGGACCGGGACACCUAUCGGACGGUAGCAACCGACGGCGACGGGCAGAGGAGAGUCGCGGAAAACUCGAGCUAUCGGUGUGCAUUUUCUCGAGUCCGAAGGAGAGAGUGUGGUGAAGAAUGGUGCAGCGAGCGCGCUCGUGUUCGCCGCAGCCGGUGCAACGUCGUCGUCACAGUGAACGUCGUCGUUCGGAUGUGCGUGCGUGUGGUGUCUCUACCCUGUGAGGAGGAGAGGAGUAGCUGGUCGUGAUACAUCGUUAUAUCGUGAUAUAAUAUAAUAUCGUGAUAUACAUAUAUAUUAUAUAUAUAUAUAUCGUGUUGAGAGCGGCAGUGGCCGUGCACCGUUCGAUCGACGGCAAGCCUCGAUCGCCAGCGCUCGGUGGAGAAGCCUGGGCGAGUACUAACGAGAGGAUCGCAAACGCGCUUCUCGACGAUCGGAGCGGACGUAGUGAGUCGGUGUGAGAAACACGUGUGUAAUUGCUAUCCUCGUGUGAAAUUGCUCUUCCUCUCUGUAACCACCUCCGUAACCAUGGAUAGAACGCCGAGGACCAGGAGGAUCUGCCGCCGCACGCAGAUCGCGAUAAUGAACCUAUUGCUGCUCUGCUACGCCCCCGUGAGAGCCGCAGCCGAGCCGUCCGAGGAAUUCCAGAACAUAGACACGCACGAGGGCUCGAAGCUGCAGCUGCAGUGCCGGUUCCCGUCGCCGCGGCAGAACGUCACGUGCUAUUGGCUCGUCCGCACGUCGAACAACGUGGACAACGCGGCGAUCGACGACAAGUCGUUGUCGCCGACGAACUACAAGGUGUUCAUGAACCUGGCGCAGGGCCGUUACGACCUGCAGAUCAAGAACGUGUCGUACGAGAGCAACAACGGCAGAUACGAGUGCCGGGUGAAGGCAAUCUCCGGCGACGACCUGUACCGGAAGUUCAUAAUACUGACGGUGCUGCGGGUGCCGGGCCCGCCGACGAUACGGCUCUCCCGGAACCGCGUCGUCGAGGGCAAGGAGCUCGUGCUGACGUGCAACACCACCGGCGGCAGCCCGGAGCCGGAGGUGUGGUGGUACCGCGGCAACAACAACACCUUCUUGAGCAAAGGCAUGGAGCUGAAGAUGCUGCCGACGCAGGAGGACGACGGUACGACCUUCCGUUGCGUGGUGAGGAACCGGGCGAUGCGCGAGGGUGAGACGUUGGACGCGUCGGUGACCCUCGACGUCGAGUACUUCCCCCGCGUCACCGUCGGCCCGGAGAAUCCGAUGAAGGUCGAGGUGAACGGCACCGCGAACAUCGUGUGCCACGUGGACUCGAAGCCGGCGGUGCAGGAGGUGCGUUGGACACGGGACGGCACGUUCAUCGACACCAACUUCCAGUACAUGAUAUCCAAGGUCACGCUGCAGGACGCCGGCCGGUACACGUGCCAGGCGAACAACAACCUCGAAAAGGUCGGCGAAUCGUCCUUGUUGCUGGACGUGCUCUACCCGCCCACGGUAUCGAUCGAAGGCGACCCCGUCAGAGUGACCGACGUCGAGGACAGCGUGACCGUUCACUGCAACGUGUCCGCCAAUCCUCAGCCGUCGGUGGUCGAGUGGCUGCGCGACGGCCGGCCGGAGUUCCGACAAUCGGGCCUGAUCCUGCGACUGAGCCGAGUCACGGCGGAUCACACCGGCAAUUACACGUGCCGCGCCGUCAACACGAUCCACCCGAGCGGCGGGGAGCGCAGGAAUCACUCGGCCUCCGCCACCGUGACCGUGAGGGUGCGACACAAACCCGGCCCGGCCAGGGUGACGCCGGACUCGCCGGUCGCCGUCGAAGGCUCGCGGGUUACUCUCACGUGCAUGGCCAACCCGGCCGGCUAUCCGGAGCCGCAGUACACGUGGUGGAAGGAAGGCGAGGGCGGCGCAAGCACGCCGGUACCUUCCGGAUCGAGGUACGAGAUCGACUCGGUGCAUCUCGGCAGUGAGGGCACCUACAAGUGCUACGCCAUCAACGAGAUCGGUAUCGGCGAGGCAGCCUCGGUGAAUCUCACCGUUCACCAACCGCCAAAGAUACUCACCAAGCUGCAGCCCCACAUCACGAGGAAAGUCGGCGAGUCGUCGUUCCAGGUAUCCUGCGUAGCGCAGGGCAAACCACGGCCUAGCGUGCGCUGGCUGAAGGACGAUCAAGAAUUAACGGCCGACGAGAGGCUCUACAAAGUAACUACGUCGUUGUCGGAGGGCCACGGUAACGUAAUAACCGUAAAUUCCACGCUGAGCUUUUUGGGUCACGCUCGUCCGCAGACCGACGAGAUCGUGGCGGGCGAUCGCGGCAAGUACACCUGUGUCUUCGUGAACGAGGUGAAGAAAGUCGAAUCCACGAUGAUGCUCAAGGUGGAGCACGAGCCGAUAAUACUCCACGAACACGGCAAAGUGGCGUACAACCUCCGCGAGACCGCCGAGGUGGUCUGCAAGGUCCAGGCGUGGCCGAAGCCCGAGUUCCAAUGGAGCUACGGUAACAACGCAGCGACGCUUCAGGGCUCCUCCAGCGACAGCCACUACGAGAUCAUCACCACCAACGACAACUACGACGUGUACAUGUCCCUGCUCAAGAUCAACAAUAUCCGCGAGGCCGAUUACGGCGACUACAACUGCCGCGUGGUGAACGCUCAAGGUAGCGUCACCUCCCACAUCAGACUGCAGCCGAAGGGCGCGCCAGAGAGACCAACCAACAUCACUGCCAUGGACAUUGGACCCACACAUGUCGCCUUAUUGUGGCAAUUGGGCUUCGACGGUGGCCUACCCAUCACCAAGUACUUCGUCUCUUACAGAAGAGUCGCGGCCGCCGACGAGGUGGUCGCGCCGGACUGCGCGCCACCGCGCGGACCGGCCGGCCAAUGGCUCGAGCUCGAUUGUCACCGAUCGAAUCCAUGCAACGUGACCAAUCUCGAGCAACAUCAAACCUACACCUUCAAGGUGAAGGUCUACAACACGAAGAAUCACUCGGACUAUUCCGAGGAGGUGACCGCCACCACUGCGGUCGCCAAGAUACCCGCGCCGUUGAGGGUGAGCUACGACCCCGAGAGCAGCACCCUCGCCAUCAACGUGGGCCCCACGUGCUUGGCCUUGGUGGCGUCCAUCGAGAAAUUCGACGGAGGCGCGGACACCGCCUGGCGAAUCGUCGACGAGUGGCCUCUCGAGGUCCUCGGGAGCGCGCCGACUCAGAGGGAGGGAAUAUUGGACGAUCCUGAAGCGCCCGACACCGAGCCCCGGCUCAGAGUCAGGCUGUGUCUCAAGGCCGACCGGCAGAAGUGCGGCGAUUACACGGAAGCCGAGAUUGGGCCGUCGUAUAUCGCGCAAUCCGGCGCUCUCACGAUGCCGACUUUAAUCGCGCUGAUAGUAAGCGGAGCGGUGUUCCUGCUGUUCGCGGCUCUGCUACUGCUGUUCUGCCGAUGCCGGCGGAAGCACGCGACGAAAGCGAAGGAUUACGAGAUGGACUCGAACACCGUCCGACCGAGCCUCGUGGCGGGUAACGGUCAACAAACUCAGCCACCACCGCCGUACUACGCCGAGAACAAGGCUUUGGAGCACAGCUUGGAUCACGCCUUGGCCAUGGAGGACUCGAAGACUCCCGCCUACUCACAGCCGGGAUACGGCUAUCACCAGCCGAAUCACAACAUCAACGGCGUGAACAUGGGCUACAUGGACAACAGUUACUCGAACUCGAACAACGGCGGUUCCGUCAACUCGCAGGACUCCAUAUGGCAAAUGAAAUCGGCGGCGGCGAACGGCGUGAGCCAGCCGUACGAUCUCACCGGCUACGGCACGACGGAGUCCGAUUACCCCACGCACCCUCAUUAUCUGCCGCAGCGGGAGGAUUACAGGGAGAGCCAUAAUCUGAGCCGGCAGCAGUUCUGCACGGAGCCCUUCGCCACCGUCGUCAAGUCUCAGAAACACGUUGACUCGCCUUACGACGUGUCCGGCUUGCCGUAUCAGGAAAAUUACGACGAGGACACUAAGCCGCCGCAACAGGUAAGCCUGUCGUACGACGAGAGCCUCGAGUCGGGCUACUCCACGCCCAACAGCCGCGGCCGUAGAAUCAUCAGGGAGAUAAUCGUUUGAGAUCUGCC